AGAAAAAUAAAAAAACUUCAAACUUGACAACAAAAGAGAAAAAAAAAAAAAAAGAGAGACUUUUUUUCAAAUUUCAGAUCUCAAGGCAAGGAUGAUCGAAACGGUAUUGACGAGCAAAACUCUCAUCGGAUUCGUCUCCGAUACAAAAUCAUUCGAAUCAAUCAUGGAUGACUAUUUCCGGAUUCUAGAUCUAGACAAAAACGGAACAUUGUCUCCAUCGGAGCUCCGGCAAGGUCUCAACCACGUGGUGGCUGUUGAAUCCGAAGUCGCGUCCGGGGAAGAGACGGAUAACGUGUACAAGGCGAUAUUCGAGAGGUUUGGUGAAGAUCUGGUUCCCGAGAAGUUUAGGGAUUUGGUUGCGGAGAUACUGACGGCGAUGGCGAGAGGAAUCGGAAACUCGCCGGUGAUUAUGGUUGUGCAUAACGACGGGUUGAUUAUGAAAGCUGUUCAUCAUGAAUCUGACCAACAAGGCAAGUGAUGUGAUAAAAUGAUGAGAAUCUUAUUAUUAAGCAAGCAUUUUAGAAAGAAAAUAUAUAUUUUUUUUUUUUUAUAACUUGGGUUUAUGUGUGUGUAUUUGAGAUUUGGAAUUGGGAAUUUAGGGGGUGUAUUCAACUUGACAUUUUAAGUGAUUUGUGUGAAACUUACAAAUCCUAUGUUAUUCAA